UUCCCAGUCAAUGUUCUGCUGCUUCUGUUUUGCAGAAGUUGCAUCAAUAACCGUGUAGGCUUCGUCAAUCUCCUAUAAGUACUCGAGGAAGAACCAUUACGAUCAGUCUUCAGUUAUCUCUUCAUGGCUAGGUUUUUCGAGCUCAACACAAGGGCGAAGAUCCCUGCCGUCGGGCUUGGCACUUACCAGGCCGAACACGGAGUAAUAGAGGCCACCAUCGUUGCAGCCGUCAAGGCUGGGUAUAGGCAUAUUGACUGUGCUCCAUUGUACAAUAAUGAAAAAGAGAUUGGAUCAGCUUUAAAGAAACUAUUUCAAAAUGCUAUCGUGAAGCGAGAGGACUUGUUUAUCACCUCUAAACUAUGGUGCAGUAAUCUUGCACCAGAAGAUGUGCCUGAGGCAAUCAAUUUAACCUUGGAAGACUUGCAGCUUGAUUAUCUGGAUCUGUACCUUAUUCAUUGGCCUUAUCGUCUUAAGAAGGGUGGCAGUCCAACUCCCGAGAACUUUCUUCCACCUGAUCUGCCUGCUACUUGGGCAGCCAUGGAACACCUGCAUGCUUCAGGCAAAGCUCGUGCCAUUGGUGUCAGCAAUUUCUCUUCGAAGAAAUUGGAGGAUUUGCUUGCAGUUGCGAAAGUCCCCCCUGCUGUCAAUCAGGUAGAGUGCCACCCUGGGUGGCAACAGGCCAAGCUCCAUGCUUUCUGUCAAUCAAAUGGCAUCCACAUCUCUGGUUAUACUCCGCUAGCUCGAUCGAAGGAACUCCUUGGACACCCUGUUGUGAGCAUGGUGGCCGAGAAAUUGGGCAGAACUCCUGCUCAGGUUGUUCUACGAUGGGGGCUCCAAUCAGGCCACAGUGUGCUUCCCAAGAGCGUCAAUGAAAAAAGGCUUAUUGAUAACAUUGGGAUUUUUAAUUGGUCUAUCCCUGAUGAUUUGUUUGCCAAAUUUUCUGAAAUAGAGCAGGAAAGGUUGAUUCCGGGAGAAUUUGCUGUUCAUCCCCAGAGUGUUUACAAGACUUUCGACGACCUCUGGGAUGGCGACAAUUGAGCACCCCCGGCCCAUGUGAUAAAUGGGCUACAUUGAUUUCAGAUUUUAUAUUAACAAUUUCAGUGUGGCCUGUUAUAAUAACUUUAACAAUGCUACGAACAGACUUGUUUGUUGUUGAGUAUAAUAAGCCAAAUUUCAGUUGAUUUUUUGGA